CCGUCACAUCUUUAUUCUUCAUGAAGGCUGAUUUUAGGCGCUGUCGGAAAAAGGCUGAUCCUUCAGGGUAGUCCCGACCGAGAUACAGCAACUUUUGACACAUAAAAUGCAACGUAAACACCACUUCCGGUAAUAAACAGGAAGUAAACACAGAAUGACGCUAAUAGUUAGCACUUACGUUUUUGUAUAGCCUAAUAACUUCACUUUUUAGUGGGUUGGCCAUGUGAGAGAAGUUGUGAUAACCCUGAAACGAAAAGAAAGCGUAAGCGAGAGGACAUUGAUGUAUAAGCACUUCUAGUAAAGAGAAGAAUGCGUGUGGGCAAGACAAAAGCGCACAGAGGUUUAGCCGUAGCUAAACAGUAGCGUCAUUAAAAAGCGGUUUUACAACACGUGCAUCUAAACUGGUCAAAGAAAGUGUUGCAAACAAUGUUGAAAAUAAACAUACCGACGUCAACGUGUCGGUCUUAUAAGUGGAUAUAUAUUGAAAUUAUAUAACAAUCAAGGUGAGAUAUCAACUUCACAUAUGCCCUUAGUGGUAGUGUCUGUCCAAGCAGCUUGCCGUACAUCCUUUCUUGUGUCGUAAACGAACAAACGCUGACGUAAACUUCUUCUUGCGUUUGUGGUUACAACCACGGUAAACAUGGGAUGGCUUAUUUAUUUUAAAACAAAACGUGAAGUUAACAGGAGGUGAUAUUAAAAUGCAGAUUAUACUGAAAAUCAGAAUAUUUGAAAUUUUGUUUUGUCGCAAUGUUUAAUCACACGGUGCCUUUUAAACACCCAAACUCAAAUUAAAAUAAUAUUAUUAAGGUAUCUUAUAUGUCUUUUUGUUUAUUUGUUUAUGUUAUUAAUUAAAUAUGAGAGUCCAAAUAUGAAGCACAUUUUGGUAUAUAUUUUACUGUGUUGUUAUACUUAGCAUUACGGUAACCAUUUCCGCGUGGUGGUAACCAUGGAGAUCAGCCACUGUAUGCCGGAGUGUCGAGUUUGGUAGGCAGUAUUUCUUAUUAUCAGGACGCUAACGAAGACGAAUAACUCAUUUUUGUUUGAAUUUAAGCACAUUGUGACUAAAGAAGGUAAAUAAUUAAAAGGUGGGCGGGGUUUGAAUGAGAAGCAAAAACAGACUUAACUAGCAAAGCAUGGCUAACUAGCAAAAACUAAGUAAUCCGUCUUUUAAAAACAUGUCUCAUGUUUGACUAUUCUACAUUGUGCACCCAAUGCAUAUAGUUCAUAGAGAAGUUUUCCCAGCUCAUCAUGGGUCCAAAGAAAAAGAAACCCAAGUUGACCAAAGCGGAAAAGGCGAAGUUGAAACAACUGGAGGAGGAGAGAAGGCUCCGAGAGGAAGAGGAGGCCCGUAUUCAAGCAGAGAGGGAAGAACAGGAACGAUUAGAAAGACAAAGAAAGCAGGAGAUCUUAGAUAGGCUUGAGGCCAUGGACUUAGAACGCAGAGCUGGUGAGCUGGAAGAACUUCGCUCCGUACUGGAAAAGAACCACACAGCUGUGAUUCAACAUAAAAAUGACGUUGCAGCCAAGUCGAAGUGGGAGAAAUACAUGCAAUGUAGCAACAUACCAGACCCGGCAGUGCAGCAGGAUAUCAACACUUUUAUCAGCUUGUGGAGAGACGACCCAAACUGCAACAUCCCCUCUGUGCUGCAACAAUGUAAUGUCGCCCUACAGUUGAUCGAGGAGCUGGAGGAGCUGCUCAAAAAUGCUGUAAGCCUCAAAGAAUUUCUGAUGUACCAGGAGUCACUCCUACAUCUGCAGGAAAUGGUCUACAGCAAAAUUGUCGACAUGACCGCAGAGAUCCUGAAGGGGGCCAGUGCCAACAUCGAUACAGAAACGGGCAACAUGCAAGCUGUGAUAAAAGAUGGCAACCUGACAAUGUGUCUCUGGGCUAACCUCAUGAGGAAUCACAGGUUUAAAUGUUUGAACUUUGAGGAGGUUGGUAUGGGAUUUGAGCUGACCAAGCAGCUGGCGGCUAGCAACAUCACCGUGCGGAUCCUUCACACACGCUACGAUCACUUGUCCACCCUGUCCAGGAUGACGCACAUGAAGAUGACCCUACCCUCCUUUAAGUCUCCUACCACAGUCCAGGAGGUUCCACCCGAGCAGGAGGAGGCCAAGGAGGACAAGGAGGAGGUGCCGGAGGAGGAUGCGGAUGCUCAACAGCAGCAGGAAACUUUGGAGGAUGAGGAGACACCGGCCCAGGAGUCUGAAACAGCUAAGAAUUCCGAAAGCUACAUGUCAAGAAGCAGCAACCCACAUCCAGACGAUGGAGACAGUAUGAUCCAAACACAAAUAGAGAAACUUGCAGCUGACCCUAUUCCUUCUCCCCUGGAUGAAAGCACCGAGGACGCCAAUGGAGAUCGUCAUGUGGUGGACUUAAUCCAGUACACACCUCUGGGUGGAGUUUUCUACUAUGAAUUGUUCCAACUGCCACCGCAGGCUCAUGUGGUCAAGGGCUGGGAGAUCCAAAUGCAUUCAGACACGGGCCUGGAAACGUUUGAAUACACGAUUGAAAAGCCCAGUCCUACAGAAGAAGAAGAUGCUACCUCACCUCUUGUCGGACUGUCUGUGACGCUCCCGGAUACUGUUAUCUUCUUGGAAACCCCUCAAGUGGGGCGCUGGGCUGCAGCAGAGAAGCAAUGGAGGACAGACGGUAUCAGCGACUUCUCUUACAAUGAGGAGGAGGCAAAGAUCUCCUUCAAGAUGGAGUCCUUCUACCCUUUCGUGCUGAUGCAGCAAACCUACGCUAACUUUCCCUUCCAGAGCUGGGAGCUGCGGCCGCUGGGUCAAGACACGGCUCUCUUCACCAUCAACGGGGCACUCAUGGACGUCAACAUCACCAUCAAGGGGAAUCAAUGCAUGCUGCAGUCCGAGCGAGUGGUCGGCCUCGCCAGCCUCUUUGAGCAGUGGAUGAGUGGACCUGACCUGCAGCAGGCCAUGCUCAAGGCGGGGAUUAACGUGUUUGUGAACGAGCACACCGACAAGUUUGUUAAUACGUGCGAUAAGGAUCCGCGUACAGAGCACAUAGCCUAUGAACAGAUGUCCCUAUUUGCCUCCGUCUGCGCCUUCUCGUGGAGCAAGUGGAAUGCCCAAUGUGGUGCCGAGCACGUCAUCAUGAAGGGGUGUGAGUACCAGGGUCCGGACCGGGUCCCUGAUGGCUUGUGGAGCCUCUACUUCCUGGGCACGCAGAGAUUUCAGAAGCUGGAGAUAACAGAGGCCAGCGAAGUGUUCUCCACCGACCACCAUCCUGACAGCGAGUUUCACUCCACUUUCAUCCACAUGCUGAAAGACAACGUGAGCACUGAAGGGUUAAGUCGAAGCAGAGAGUCCAGCUUUCUCUUUGUGGACACCGUGCAGAGUAUGCUUUGUGCCACCAGACCGCUCACGUUUUGUUAAAGCCAAAUAAAG